AUGCCACACCAGUUCACACCAUCAUCUACCUCAUCCUCUCCAUUCUCAUCCAACAACAACAACACGACCACAAAGAACUCAUCCAAAUUAUUCUCCUCAACAGUUCGUUUCUUUUCUCAUCAUUUAAAACUCACCCGAAAAUCAUGGCUUGUCAUUCUCGUUGUGCAUUUCAUCUUGAUGAGUCUUUUAAUCUUUUACUUUCGUCGUCAUCCUCGUAGUAGUAAUUCCAAUCUCGACCAACAACAACAACAAGACUCACAUUCCGAACAAAAUUCUCUCCUUCGUUCUCUCUUGAAAUUCCAAACAACAACAACAACAACGGACAAUCAUCAUCAUAUCAUGGAAGAUACCGAUGGAGUCAUUCAUGCCUUUGAUCCAUCUCAUCAACGUUUAGAACUUGUUCGUAGAAAUUUAUUCUCACGACUCAAUCUUUCAUUGGAAGAUCAUUUGGCUACUUUGGAAUAUAUGGAAUGUUCCAAACUCACCUUUGCUGAACGAUGGUAUGAUCCUAUCGUGUUAUCGAAUCCGAACAUGGUUCAGGAUCGAGUGGAGAAUGAUUCCAUGUUGGAAUUUCCAAAUAGUACUCCUCUUCAUGUGCCAUAUUAUUUAACACGACAACAUGUGCACUUGUUUCAACCUUAUACCUAUCCAACACCUGAUAAAACAGAAGCCAAGUUUGCAUUCAAGAGAAGAGUGAGAGGAUUUUAUAAUUUUAUUCCUGUCCACGUGGUGAAGGAAGAGGAGGAGGAAGGAAAAGGUCAUCAGAUUCUCUCUAAUGGAACUAUUGAAUCGAACAGUGAAAAGAAUGCACACAAUCAUUCUACGACACGGGAAACAUCAUUUUCAGAACGAACAACAACAACUGCAGAAACAAACAAACCACAAGUCGAGAAACAACAUUUAGAAAAUUCAUUUAACAAUGCUUCCGAAACGUCCUCAACCACAUACAUUCAAAUCAAAGAAACAGAAUUUAGAAAUUAUUUUUUCACACACCGUGACAAGUUUCGAAGAGCAAGUCAACUUCAAGUCAAUGACACGACUCUAUUGGAUUGGAGAGAUGAAAUGAAUAAUUUAAAUUUAGUGCUAAAUAGUGAAAAAUUUGACAUGUCACUUUUUGGAAAUCAUAACGAACAUUUACCCAUAUGGUUACGAUGUUACAAGAGAACCUUUCCACUUUCUGAAACUUUGAAAGCAGUGUGUCGAGUGCAUGACAUUCAAAAGAGUAUUCUCUACGUGACUAUUGAUGGUAAUGAAUUUGAUGAAAUUUUGGAACUCGUAACAACAGUGACUUGUGUGAAAAUGCACAUUUAUUUUCACAAUUUUGAAAGGAAUUUACGAAAUUUAUUGGGACCUCGUUUCGAUCCAUCAUUUCUCGAUUUGAAAAUUCCCAAAAUGUCCACUCAUGCCAUCUGGGGUCUCCAUUUACUCUUUGUCAAGUUCAAUUACCUCUAUGUCAUUACGUUGGAAGAUGAUUUGAAACCCUUACCUGAUUUUUACAAUUAUCAUCGUUCCAUGUAUCAUUUAACCCUAGAUCCAAGUCCUUCCAAUAUUUAUAUUGCAGUGAGUUCACAUGCUCACUCAAUGGCUCAUCAUUGUCGUUUCAUUAAUUCCACUCUUGUCUCUGAACAAUUAAUACCGUACGAAGAUUCCUUUGAUGAGUACAUGUAUGAAAAAAUCAUUUCGUAUGGUCAUAAUUUGAAUGAUAAUGAGGGAGAUUUGGAAUUGGCACCUUUCAUGAUUGGUUCACGAAGAGAACUUCCUGUUUUUGAAAUUGAAAAUUUUCUCAAUGAUGUUGAUGCCACGACCACGACCACGACCACGACCUCGACCACGUCAACCAUGUCAGAGCUUAAACCUGAUGAAGAAAUUGCACCAGUCGGUAGUGUCCAUGAUCCAGUCACGAGGACAUACCUUUUAGCACCUUACACCUUACACUUUAGUGCCGUUUGCAAUGGCAGGUAG